AUGGAGGAUGCUGGAUUCUGGAAAGAUAAUAAAAGAGAGGCUGCUGGAUUCUGGAAGGAUGCUAAAAGGGGGGCUGCUGGAUUCUGGAAGGAUGCUAAAAGGGAGGCUGCUGGAUUCUGGGAAGAUGCUCAAAUGGAGGCUGCUGGAUUCUGGAAAGAUAAUAAAAGAGAGGCUGCUGGAUUCUGGAAGGAUGCUAAAAGGGAGGCUGCUGGAUUCUGGAAGGAUGCUCAAAUGGAGGCUGCUGGAUUCUGGAAGGAUGCUAAAAGGGAGGCUGCUGGAUUCUGGAAAGAUGCUCAAAUGGAGGCUGCUGGAUUCUGGAAAGAUGCUAAAAGGGAGGCUGCUGGAUUCGGGAAAGAUGCUCAAAUGGAGGCUGCUGGAUUCUGGAUGGAUGCUUAA